GGACGUUGAUAGCAGGAAGCUCGCGGUCGUGAAGCUGCGUUCGACGCGACUAAAGCUGUGGCCCCCCGAGCGUUUCCUCCAAAACGACGUGCUCGAGCGCAUGUACAGCGAUUUUCCCAGCACUGAACUUUCGUUUGCUGAGUACUGGGUGAAGACGAGCCGCUGCGCUGCUAAGGCGCAUGACCCGCACACUGACAUCGACGUCUUCAGCUUCGCGGUCAACAAUGCACUGCCGUACGUGGUCUAUGACACCUCAAGCGGCGACGUCAAGGUGGCCGUGGGCGCCAUUACUCCGCCCUUGUUCUACCCUGGCGGGACCGAGGCCAUGUUCUACGGGGGGUCUGGGCUUUUCCAUGGCACUCAAUCUGGUCGCGUCCGUAGACCGACACGGACUGCGGUGGCACCCGAACGGCACAUUCGGCCACUUCUUUUUGUCCAGCUCUUCCGCCAAAGCCUUCAAGGACAGUGAUGGCUGCCUAGAGGCGCUUGAAGGCCACGCCGCCAGUGGCGGAGACAGCACCCAGAGCACAACCGGCGCGAGGGCCAGCAUCUUUCCCGAGAUCCCUGCUCUCGACGUUGCCUACGCGGCGUACCGCCGCGCAGUCAGCGACAGGGGAGACGAAGCUCUUCAGGGAAUUGUGGGGGGCUUUUCGGGAGACCAAGUGUUCUUCAUGACACUAUGCUACAUGACUUGCACGCGACCCGAUGCCGUGGGUCCGCACACAGUGGACUGCAACAAGGCGGUGCGCAGUUCGGAGGCCUUCGCCCGGGCAUUUCAUUGCCCGCCCGAGUCCCAGAUGAACCCCAAGGUGAAGUGCAAAUUCUUUCGGUGAGAGCCGGGCACUUCCCAAGGACUCCGAUACCACGUUCACGUGUGCUUCGAACGACACACCUUCAUUUGGCCAGUACACAUACAGUUUUCUGCGCAACAUCGAAAGCGCUGUCGUCGCCAGCCAUGUACUACAUGCGCACUGUAUUAUUUUGUGUCUGGACUGACGUUAAAAAGCGCGAGCUCUCUCUUUCUCUCUGAGGAUUUAAAAUAAAUACCUAUGAUGUAUUCGUUGCAAGGCUUCGUUCUGGUCUAAAUUCAGUGUGAAGGUCUUAUCAAUUUACUUUAGGCGAGAUGGGUGCCACCUGACCGUAACUUUGUCUACUUGCAAGUGGCGAUAUGGAAGGCUGACGCACUUUUUGAAUACUUAAGAUAUCUAUAACGUGAUGUGAUUGUAAUUUCUCGGAAUUUACAACGUUGCCACCUCCUUUAACUUUCCUCGCCUUUUUUUUUCUUUGUAAACGCUAGCUGCUGCUGCAUUUUUACUGUACAAUAUAAAUCGCUGAUGACGCGGCUUCUCAUAUGGCGCAAAUUAGGUUAUAAUGCACGUGUUGCUGCUUCAUAGCUAAAGCUUCCAGAGGACUGUGUACCUGCCCAUGCAGAAGUGGACUCGGCGGUGAAAGCGUUCAUAAAGGAAAGGAAUAGGUGCGGGAAGUGCUCUGUGCUAAUUAUCUUCUUGGCUUAGUUAUUCUAUUGCUCACAAUACAAAAAAUAGAACAAAGCGCUCCCUGCAAGUGACCGCCACUUGUGCAUUUUGCAGAGCUUCCGUUCGAGAGUUAAACAAUUCCGAUUCACUCAAUCACUGCUCACUGUAACACAUUUUUUCCAUUUACCCCAUUGUUUUAUGCCUGAUGUGGUUUGACCUAUCAAGUUAACGCGGGCCCGCCGAAUAAAAACGCCGAGUUAUUUAUA